AUGACGAGCUGUAUAAUUAAAGAGACGAGCAGCCCGCAGCUCUGCGGCAGCAGGAGGGCUGCAGCCGCGGGGAAGGGCAGCUCCGGGGUGACACCCCCACCCCGCAGGGUCCCUGUCGUCCCCCCACGGGGCGGCGGCGGCCCGUUCUGCGCUCCUUCGCCCACCGAGAGCUCUCCGGUCCCCACAGUCGCCCGGGUUCCGCGAAGGGGUCCGGGCCUGGCCGUCUCCCCUCCAGCCGGCACUGCCUCCAGCCGCCUGAACGGCUGUUACCUGCCGGUUGCGCUCGCCCUCGGCCGCCGGGUGCUGCCACCCGCAGCCGGCCUGCCUGCCUGCCUACCUUCCCUCCCCCGCCCGCCUCCCCUCACCGCAGCGCCGGUCACCGGUACCUGCGCCCGCCCGGGCCGCCUCCCCUCCGCGUAUGGACCGGGCUGCUCAACGGCAAUUGAACAAAACACAGCCGGCUCCGCCCCCUCCCGGCACCCACCUGCUCCCAUUGGCUGGCCCGCCCGCCCGCCGAACUUUGACCCGCUCUGCCAUAGGACGGCUCGGCGAGCUGGCCCCGCCCACAAGGGGCGGGGGGCCGGUCCCGUUCCCGGCAGGGACUCACGGCUCUGGUGCCGGGCGGGGCGGGGAGGACGCGCCGGACUACAGCCCCCAGCAGGCGUUGCGGCGGCGCGGCGCCCUUCUCUCAUUGGCUAG